UAGAAAAGCAGAGCCAGCCCCCGUCCACGCGACACCCGAUUGUGACUGGCACGGUACAGAUGGCAGAUGACAAACAACUCAGCGAAGAGUGUGCUCGACUGCUGGAUACCUGCUACCUAAUUUGGGAUACUAUUAACAUUGAUUGUACUUAAAUUUAUAGCGAGUAAUUUCAUACUCACUGGGUAUAAGUUCUUUUUUGAAGAGCUUGGCUAAAUCUUAAAAUAAACUACCAACUUAGGUGUCCCUAGCUCUUAUUAACUCCGAGUUACAGUUGUGUCUGCAGACGGACAGACAGAAAUCAGGAUAAAUGGGUACUACGCUCUAAGAGUCUGCUCGACUGCAAGAUACCAGCUACCUAAUUUAAGACACUAUUUACAUUUAUUAAACUUACUUGAUUGUACUUAAAUUUAGGGAGUAAUUUGAUACUAACUGGGUAUAAGCUCUUUUUCAUGGAAUGUAUCUAAAUCCUAAAAUCCUACCAACUUUGAAGUCUCUAGGUCUUAUGAACUCCGAGAUAUAGUUGUGUUUACAGUCGGAUAGACAGAAAGUAGGAUAAAUGAGCUUUAGCUUGCCACAAACUUAUUAUACCCUGCUACCACAUUGAAGCACUCCGUGAAGACUGCGGCGCUUUCCCAUUCCUGUGCCUCAGUUGAGGACAAUAUGUCGCGGCGAACAAGUGGCGUGCGCUGCCAACGCUAUACCGCCGAUGGUGGCCACUACGAGGGCAGGUGGCAGCAGGGACAACAUCAUGGCUAUGGCGUGAAAGACAACGGACGUGGCCUCAUCUACGAGGGUCAGUGGCGUCUUGGCCAGCGUCACGGCAACGGCACGCUGCGGCGGCAGUGCGGGAAUGGACAUGUGGAGCGUGUCUAUGUGGGUCAGUGGGUGCAGAAUGUGCGCUGCGGGGAGGGGAAGCAGUACUAUAAGGAUGGCACCGUCUACUAUGGCCAGUGGCAGGCGAAUGGACGUCAUGGGCAUGGCAUUCAGUGGCAUGCGGAUGGACGCAUCUACAUUGGCGAGUGGCAAAACGAUGCCAUGCACGGCAAAGGCGUGCUCUACGCAGCCAAUGGCAAUCGAUAUGUGGGCGAGUUUGAGCGCGGUUGCAAGUCCGGUUUGGGUGUCUAUUACCAUGAGAAGAACGGCGAGCAGCUGCUGCAGCAUGGCAUCUGGAGUCAGGACAACUGCCAGAGCUCUUUGCUGUCCAUGGCGAGUCACAUUGCUUAAGAGGUU